AUGGAGAAAUUGGAAUCAAUAAGAGAAGAGGAUUACGGUCAAUGCGAUAGUCCUAAAGCGAAGAAAGUAUUCAUAAAUAUGUUGGAUUCUCACAUGCACUCACCGAUGCAAUCAAAAGCACCAAAGAUGAAACCGGUCGAUGGAAAAUCAAUCAAUUUGUCAUCGCCAUGUUCAUAUACAUCAUCAUCGCCUUCAUCGACUUCUUCUUUAUCUUCUACGUCAAACGUUCAACAUCAGAAGCAAGCGAUGGUCAAUCAAGCUCUCAAUGGAUCUAUGCACGAUAUUCUCAACAUGCCAAACUUCAAUCAUCUUCAACAAAUGCAGCCACUAGCAGCGGGACUUCAGAAUCUUACACAACGUUCAACGCCUUUAAACUUAGGAGGAAUGAGUGGUGGGGGUGGAGGCUCUCCUUUAAUGUCAACUGGAUUACCAAUUGGAUUGGGACUUCCACAAUCGCCACAAAUGCCUCAACUGGUAUUGGCUAGUGGACAACUUGGACAAGGAAUUCAAGGUGCCCAAGUUUUAAUUCCAACAUCUCAAGGCAUAACUUCCCAAACAAUUUUAACAAUUCCGGUAUCGCAACAACUACCAACAAACCUUACAAUUGACCAAUUGCUUCAAGCACUUUCGCAUGCAUCACAAAAGCAGCAGUCGAAUGAAGCAGCAAACAACACAAAUCACGUACUGUCAAAUGUUCCAAAUUUAUCGCCAAAUCCAAUUCUUCUCAAUUCACAUCUGCUAGCGAAUGGUGCUCAGCAACUUCUCUCUAUUCAACCUCAACUUCUCGCCCUCCAACAACAGCAACAGCUACAUCAACAACAGCAACAAUCACCCGAAAGCCAUCCGUUCUAUAGAAAACUUCAUCAUGGUCAUAUGGAACCACCCGAGAUGAGCUCACCGCCGCUUCAUACAAGAAAAGAUCAAAUGAGUAUAAAUACUUUUAAGAUGAGAAACCGCGAAAUGAACAAAAGAUUAGCAAGAAUGUCGAGACCAUUAAAUGGUCAUGGAGAGAUGAAUCAACAUCAACAGCAUCAUCAUCAUCAACAUCAUCAAAUGGAAACAGAAUCUCAUUCGCCACAGACAUCGCCUAGAGUUGCGACAACAAAUGGUGAAACGUCUCAUUGUACAGCUAAGCCAGUCGUUGCUGAAUCAUCUCAUCCCUCACCAACAACACCUAAAUCGUAUCACCAACCACCUUCGCCAUCUAAAAGUUCCCUCGAUUAUCGUGCUAUGCGCGAACUUCUGGCAGAAGGAGAUAAACGAAUGGAAGGUCAUUUUACUAUGGAACAAAGCCCGUCACAAUCACAAAAUGGAUCACAAUUGAAAAUUAAUCAAUCAAUUCAAGAGAAAACUGUUGAAAAGACGGAAAGAGAAUUAUCGCCACCGACGGAAAAUCAACAACAAAAUGCUUUAUCAUCAUCACCUAUGCAGUUCUCAAACGAUUCAAAUUCUGGCGAUGGAAAUUUUGAUGAGCUGCAAAAUGAAGGUGUCAAUAUUCAACGAGAAGGUUCCAUUCCUGAAGGCAUCGAUCUUGAUGAGAUCAACGAGUUCGCUCAAGCUUUUAAACUUCAACGUCUCUCACUCGGUCUCACUCAGACACAAGUUGGACAAGCACUUUCUGUCACUGAAGGUCCAGCUUAUAGUCAAAGUGCCAUUUGCAGUGCCCUUGCCGCACGAAUGUAUGCCGCUGUACAACUCUCAUCGCAACAACAGCAAAUGUUUGAAAAGCUCGAUAUUACACCUAAAAGUGCCCAGAAAAUUAAGCCCGUACUAGAGCAAUGGAUGAAAGAGGCUAAGGGAAGCAGGUUCAAGAUGAGCGAAAGCCCAUUGACCGAUUUUAUGGGUGUAGAAACAUCAAAGAAAAGAAAACGAAGAACAUCAUUCACUCCACAUGCACUUGAAAUUCUUAAUUCAAGUUUUGAACGAAAUACUCACCCUUCUGGCACAGACAUCACAUCCCUUGCUCAAGCUCUUGGUUACGAGCGUGAAGUCAUACGAAUUUGGUUUUGUAACAAGCGUCAAGCUCUCAAAAACACCGUCCGAAUGAUGUCGAAAGGAAUGCCAAAUUAGGUUUAUGAACUUAUUCAAUAACAUUCCUUCUGAUCACGGUUACAUAAUUUUCCACUGCAGCCUCUCAUAGAAUUGAGGCCGGCAAUGCAAAACUUAAAUUUCUGUUAGUUCAAACAGCCUAAAUAUGUUCAAAAGUCGAACCAUUUUUUGCCAUAUUAGUUUUAAGCUGUUUAUUUACAACCGAACGUACUGUAAUGUAAUAAAAAUAUUUCUGUAAAUUAAUUAUCGUAAAUAGAUUUCUGUAAAAAAAAAAGAAAUUCCCUUCGUUCCCAACGUAUUCAAAGAAAAAGAAAAAAAAUUAAAAAACAUCUUUCGGCCAAAAGUUCCUAAAAUUACCAGCUUUCAUCAUUAUCUCGAUGAAAGCUUUUUUUCUUAUUUUAUUUUAUGUUAAGAUUAAUAAAAAUAUUGAAUCAAAACAACCCUUUAGGCAAAUGUUCUAAUUAACUUCUUUAUUUUCAUCAGUUCUCUGUAUAGAAAUAUAAACAAUUAGCGCUUUAGGAACUCUUUUCAAGAUUGGGUUUAAAAUAAUGUGUAAGGUUUUCUUAUGAUUCUAAGAAGAGAAAAAAUCAAUUAAUGUGUAUAAGCCACAGAAGUUUUUAAAUGUAGAUCAGAAAAAAAUGAUGAUGGAAAUAAAAUUUAUUAAUAAACAAA